GCCUGAUGAAAAUGCGUGCACCCAAGAAAUGGAUGAAAGCCAUCCUUGGCAUAAAGAAAUCCGAAAACUCUCAAUCUUUGGAGAAGGAGGAAAAUAUUUCAGGAAGUACAACGAAGGAUCGUCACCAAGAGAAGCACUCUCUUGAGACUGAUAGCAAUAUUCUUGAAGAUGAGUUGAAUACAAAAGUUGUCACAAAAACGGAGAAUGCAACGAAUUCAAAUAUCCGGUCUGCUUUGAAUUCAGCUAGAAUCCCAAGCGAAAUGAAGCACUCUAUUGAGAUUGAUAACUGUACACUUGAAUACUUGAAAAAUGAGUUGAAUCAUAACGUGAUUACAAAUGCUGAAGAAGCCAAAAAAGCAAACUUUGACUUGGUUUCAUAUUCACCUAGAAUCUCGUACCAGAGGAAACACUCCCAUGAUUUCAAUGCACAUAAAAUUGAAAAUAUGUUGAAGCAAAAUGUGAUCAUAGUAGCCGAAGAUGCAAAAGAGGAAAGCUUUGAGUUGGUUUCAUAUUCACCAAAAAUCUUGCACAAAAGGAAGGACUCACUUGAGUUUGAUAAAGAUAUAAAUGGAAAUGAGUUGAACCAAAAUGUGUUCACAGAAACCGAAGAUGCUACAUAUUCGAAAUUCCAGUUGAUUUUGGAUUCAAUCAGCUCACCAUCGACACCACUUGAGGUGAAAAAAGUGGAUCGACUUGAAGAGAGUAAACUUCAAGAGCAAGUUGAACAAGAGGCUCGUGUCAAGAAAAAUGAAGAUGGAUGGUGUGACAUUGUCGGGUCUGCCGAAGAAGUUCAAGCCAAGUUGUUGAAAAGGAAAGAGGCUGCCGCUAACCGAGAAAAAGCAAAGGCUUAUGCUUUAGCACGCCAGUGGCAAGCGAGGCACCACCACCAGGUGAUAAUAACACCUUCACCCGUCAUCUCCAAACCAGAUAAAACCAACCCGAGAUUUCACGUGGGUUUCAACCCAGACAAAACCUACUGGGGAUGGAAUUGGCUUGAGAGAUGGAUGGCUGUCCGGCCCUGGGAAAAUCGCCUUGUAGACUUCAACCUCAAAGACGGGGUGAGGGGCUGCGAGCACGAAUCAGUCGAUGCGAAUGUGAAGAGGAGCCCCCGGUUGAGCAAGGACAAAUCCAAUGCCUCGUUUGUAAAGAAGGCUGCUUCUCAUUCUGGUAACAGCUGCAGUCCUUCGCCCAACAGGCAGGGCAAGAUGAUGGCCUCUAAUAAGGUUACUACCUCGAAGCCCAGUGUUGUUUCGAGAUCACGCAGGAUCGCUCAUGGGGGUCAACCAACUGCCAGGCGUCAAGUUAGUCGACCCGCUGUGAAAAGCAAUCCCACGAGCCCAAAGCCCGUAAUGGCCAGGACCAAAUUGAGUGGAAAUGUUACCAAGCCUUCGAAGCUCGGUUUACAUGUCGUUUAUUAGGUCCUUUUUCUUUCUUUUUUUUUUU